UUCUUCCGUCUCCACUGCGAUGAUCUUGGACCAGAUCGCGUGGGUCGACUGUAUCGCCUUCCUCCUCUUCUUGGCGCCCCAAUUGCUGAUUCAGAUUGGCCUCUUCCCGACUAUUUUCUGUGCUCUCAAAGCAUUGCCGUUUCUGCUCUUCCAAUUGCCCGUCCAGCUGAUCCGUGAGCGCUACUUGACGCCUCACCAGCAGCGCUCCCCCUUCGUCCAACGCGCCUCUCUCUUCCAAGAUCUCGUCAUCCGCUGUGUCCGAUAUGCCUUUGCCGAUAUUCCCGCCGCCAUCGGCAAAGUCUUCUUCUCCAAGUGGGUCGCGCUGCCCUUUAUACGCUUCCGCAUGCUUCGGCACGGCAUCGUCAGAAAGCCGAUUUACUGGACCGAAGUCCACCGCGACGGCGUCCGAGGCAUCUACGCCGUGAUGGAUGCCACGCGCAAACCCGACAUUAUGCUCUACUACUGCCACGGAGGCGGCUUCUCCAUGGGCUCCACCUACUUCUAUCUCGAAUUUCUGUUAGUCUGGCUCACUCUGCUGAAGCAAGCCGGCUAUGCGAACCCCGCCCUCUUCGCAUUGGACUACACUCUCGUCCCCGAAGCCACAUAUCCAACCCAAGUACAAGAAGCACUCGCAGGCUACAAGUACGUGCUCUCGACCGUAGACUCUCCCUCUCAAGUCGUCGUCAGCGGCGACUCGGCAGGAGCGACUCUAAUUCUCAGCCUCAUGCUAUGCGUAUCCGGCUACUCGUCGCUCAAGAACCAGAUGCCGGGCCUCGCCAUCAUCAUUUCCCCCUGGAGCACCAUCAUCUCUCCCAAAAACCAAAACACCCCCUCGGACUACCUCAACGCCGACAGCCUGCACCUCUACGGCACACAAUACAUUGGCAAAAACGGCUCGCAAGACAACGCUCUCGUCUCGCCCGGCCGCUGCGAUGAUUUGGGCUGGUGGCGCCGAGCAUCUCCGAGCAACGGCUGGUAUUUUAUUUACGCAUCCGAAGAAGUUUUUGCGCCCGAAGCCAAAGAUUUGAUUGCCAAAUUGCGCCGAGCAGAGGUGCGAGUCGAUGAAUAUGAAGAGUAUGGCUGGGUGCACGCGUGGCCUGUGGUCAAGUUGUUUUUGUGCAAGAAGCAAGAAGAACGACAACAUGGACUUCGGAAGAUGGUGGAUGUGAUUUCUGAGCGUAUUGAACGGAAGAAGGGGUCGUGAUUUUCCUUAUUAUAUGAUCCUGCCAUAUACGUGCAAAGGUAACAAAUAUAUAUAUACACACCUUGUAUCUACCUUCAUCAGG